GCCAACUCUGCUGUCAUGGAUUUGGGAGGUGGAGUGGGUGAGAGGGAGAGAGGGAGGGAGACUGCUGCACAGCUUGUCCACCAUAUUAUUGCCGUGCCAGCGCCAGCAUGCUCGCCUGCCUGUCUGCUGAUUUGUGGUUUCGUCUCUGAAUGCAAGUCACACUUUGAUCUGCUCCUCAUCCGGCAACUCAUCCAGCUCCAACCAGAGAGGACAGAGCAGCCAGCCUUCAUUCUGGAGGGGAAGGCCUCAGUCGAACCCAGCAGGGGGGAUGGGGGAGGCGCGGAGGCCAGAUCCCUCAGCCCCACCUCGCUGCCCGUGAGCCAGGCCGAGAGCUCGGGACGCUGGCAGAGCGAGAGCCUGCUGGCGGAAUCCUGGUCCACCAUGGGGGACGCCGACCCCGAGGACACCAAGAGCCUGGACAGCAGCGACGGGGCGGCUCCGGCCGGGGAAGAGAACCACUCCUCCAACUCCGACAUGGUCCACCUGGAGCGAGAGGAGGCGGAGAUGCUGGAGGAGGCGGAGGAGAAGAGGAAGAGAAAAGAGGAGGAGGAGGAGGACGACGAGGAGCUGCAGGCGAGCGUGCUGAGUGUGCUGGGCGGGGAGAAGGAGCUGGUGGAGCUCAAAGAGGAGGAUCAGGACCUCCAGGCUCCACAAACUGAGGAGCUCCUGGUGUCGGCGGAGGAACCUCACGUGGAGAGGAAGCCUGCAGAGUUCAGGCAGGUGGUUCCCCCGAUGGCACUGCCUCCUCUGCCUAUCGUGAAGCUGGACCCCCCCUCCACCACGUCCACCCCGGUCCCGUCAACCAUGCCCUCUGAAGCAGAGGAGCUUUAUUCCACUCAGGGCCUCCACCCUCCGUCCGUCCUGGCACCCAUGCCUGCAGGUCCUCCCGAAGAGAGUCUCCAGGAACCAAAAUCCUCACAGUUUCCCCGCUCGGACGAGGAGGAACAUUCAGUCAAGGAGGCGCCGCCACUGAAAGCGGAGCCCAGUGCUCCUAAGACCAAACCCAUGAGCCCCACUGAGCUGCUGUUUGGAGGCGCUGCGUUAGUAGCUGUCGUGGGAGUCGUGGCCUACGGUGCGGUGGUCUACUGCAAAAAGUAGAAAUCCAUAAACUCCCUUUCAGCACAGUUUUACUUUCUGUUUUAAAUCUAUUCCUGACGAGUUAUUCCACUUUACUCUGAAAUCUGGAUUGUGAUUUUAUUUUAUUUGAUCUUUUUUUGAUUCAUUUUGUGCUACCUCAGCUCAUAGUGGAGUUCAUGGCCUUUGUUUUUCUGUUUGAUCGCUAACAAAAUAACCAGCAAAACACAGAAUGUAAAUAUCAUCUCAAGUAUGGCUCUAAAAACUCCUCAUACUAGAAAUGAUUCCUCACUUGUGGACGUGUCUUUCAUUACUUUCAUUUUGUGGGGAAGUGAUGUUCCACAACACGUAUUUAAGAGGGGGGAAAAAAAACAAUCAGUGGUGAUGAUGUUAGACAGAAUUUACAGAUAUACCAGUAAAGGCUUGUAAAUAUUGAAAAUCAUGGGAUGUCAAAUAGCUCAGUCGGUACAGAACCUGUAGUCCUCAUGCAGCCAGGCUGAACUUCUGGCCUGUGAGGUUUUGCCACAUGUCUUUCCCCCUACUUUCAAUAAAGGCCACUGGAGCCUUUA